AUGGCCAAGGAAAUAACCACAAGGACAUUACAUGCCCAGCCUGAGAAAAGCCACGACCACCCCAAUGACGGAGAGAAUGACAACAAACAACAUGUAUCAUUCCAUCCGCGCCAUAUCACCCUCGAGACCUUCCACAACCUGCUAUCUCACUACCCUUCAACGAUAGAGCGAGUGCAUCGCCGCAAGCUGAUGCUGAAGCUGCAGUCGAAGACGGGGAAGGGACCAAAGCGCAAGGCUGAAACGAAGACCAGUGCAGCGCCGACCACGAAGGCAGAGCUCGAUCCGUCCGAGGAUAAGCACAUUCUCGAAGAGACGGAUAAGUUCCUCCAGCUUGACCGGUGGCGGUAUGAAGUUCUGCCGAAGAUGAUCGCGGAACGGGCGAAUGAGAGUGGCCAGAGAGGAAACGCGCCAGAGGGAGCGCACUUGCUCAAGGAGGAGUUAGUUGAUAUCAUGGAAUGGAAGACAAAACAUGGAGUCUCCCGUCCCAUGCUCAUGGGAAUGGUGAAAAGCAACCAAGUCGCGACGAUCACCAAGUCUACAUCUACGGCUUUCGCCGCCCUCCCAGAUGUGGAUCCUGUUGUUGCGCCGAACGACUCGUUCCCUAAAGCCAGUCUGGACGCCCUUACUGCGCCUAUUCGUGGCGUCGGCCCGGCUACUGCAUCUUUGAUUUUGUCUAUUGCCACGGUCUUCGGUGAUGCCAAGAAACAAGUCCCCUUUUACAGCGAUGAUGUGUAUCUUUGGCUGUGUCUGACGGAUUUCCCAGAGGGUCCGGAUUCCAAAGAGCAGAAGCCUUCUAAACAUAAGAAGCCCGAUGGGGAGUUGAUUGCCAAGUACAAUAUGAACGAGUAUCGAGAUCUGUGGAAUGCUUCACAGGAGCUGCGGGCACGACUGAACAAUGGCGCUGGGGAGAAGUCUGGGGGUGGGCCUGUCUCUUUUAUCGAUAUUGAGAGGGCUGCUUAUGUGCUCCGCAAUAUCGCUGUCUCGGAUUACUUCGCUAAUCAAGAUCCCGGGGCUGGUUUGAAUAUUGUGAAGAAUAUGGAGUCGGCGAAUAACCAGCUACCAAAGGAAUCAAAGAAAGAUUCCGGUGAGGUUGGCACGAGGCGUAGUAAGAGGAUAAAGCAAGAGGCUAUGUGA